AUGACUUCCGUGGCAUGUGUCCCUGGCCAGAUCCUGUCCAACACGUCAACCCAUGUCCCCGGCCCUGGCACUCACGUCUAUGAAACCAACAUCCUUGCCUCUAUCCUGGGCCACACGCUCAUAACGUCGUCACGGGACAAGAAGAGCAAAGCUACCAUCUCGGUGCCGCGCGAAUCUACACCCACGCUCACGUCGAUAAACAACAACGUCGUCUUACCAAAAGUGGGCUCCACGGUGCUCUGCCGCGUGACCCGCAUCCGACAGAGAGAGCUCAACGCCUCAAUCCUCACCGUCGUCUCCUCCGCUCCGGCGCCCGAUACAGAGAUAAUCCCCUACACGCACCUCACGACGGACGACCUACAGUUCCAAGCUAUCCUCCGGCGCGAAGACAUCCGCACACAUUCCGACGUGACAACGACCAUCGCCUCAUCCUACCGCGUCGGAGAUAUCAUCCUCGCGAGCGUCAUUUCCCUGGGCGACGAGCGGAAUUAUUACAUCAGCACGGCUGGGAACGAGUUCGGGGUCGUGGUUGCGACGAGUGAAGGCCGGAACGCGAUGGUGCCGAUGAGCUGGAAGGAGAUGAGGGACGUUGUGACCGGCAAGGGGGAGUCGAGGAAAGUGGCCAAGCCAAGCUGA